GCUAUAAAUACCCAACCGAAACCGCUUCCGCUCUGCGGUCCACGCAGAAACACCUCCGUCUCUUUUUUCACGCCCUUGCCCCCGACGCCGUCAAAAAGACCACGCACACACUAAGACGCUACUCCAAAGAGAGAGAGUAGAGUAGUGUAGAGUAGAGAGAGAAAGAAGAGAGUAGAGAGAGAAAGAAGAGAGAGAGAGAGAGAGAGGGUGUCUCUUUCUCUUUCUCUUUCUCUUUCCAUGCCCGACCCCGUCUCCCGUUUCCUCGCCACGGGAAACGCCCAUGACCCCGCCGCUUCCCUUUCCCUAAGCCCCGUUCCGUUUCCCCCCGCCGCCGCCGCCCCGUUUCCCCAUGGCGCUCUCCCCCUCGGACCCCUCCUCCGCCUCCUCUAACCUCCUCCUCCUCUGCGCCGAGGACGCCGACGACGUGGCCUCCUGGGAGCCGCACGAUCCCGAUCCCCAUCCCCAUCCCAUCGUCUCCACUCCCACCUCCCCCUCGCCCUCGCCCUCGCCCGCGCCGUUCGACGGCGACGAGUGGCGGGCCCCCGACGACCGCCACGUGUCGGUCAUGCUCGCCGCCGAGCCCCACCACUCCCCCCGCCCCGACUACCUCUCCCGCCUCCGCGACCGCUCCCUCGACGCCACCUCCCGUCACGACGCCGUCAACUGGAUCCUCAAGGUCUGCGAGCUCUACCGUUUCCGCCCCGUCACGCCGUGCCUCGCCGUCAGCUACCUCGACCGCUUCCUCUCCUCCCGCGCCCUCCCGGGGGGAGGGGAGGGGUGGGCGACGGAGCUGGUGUCGGUGGCGAGCGUGUGGGUGGCGGCGAAGAUGGAGGAGACGCAGGUGCCGGGUCUGCUGGAGCUGCAGACGGCGGAGGAGGGCCCGCGGCGCGUGUUCGACCCCCGCACGGUGCGCCGCAUGGAGCUGCUCCUCAUGUCCGCCCUCGCCUGGCGCAUGCGCUCCCCCACCCCCUUCGACUACCUCCCCCACUUCGCUCCACGCCGCCCCCCCCUUCCCCCUCUCCUCCUCGCCCGCGCCUCCUCCCUCGUCCUCAACGCCCACCGCGUGGUGGAUUUUUUGGGGUAUCGGGCGUCGGAGAUCGCGGCGUCGGCGGUGCUGUGCGCGGCGCGCGAGAUCGGCGAUUCCUCGCCCGGCUGCGACGGCGACGAAUUGGCGACCUCUUUGGCCAAGUGGGUCAGCAAGGACGUGGUGCGCGGUUGUCGCCAGCUAAUGGAGGAGUACCUGAUCGACACGUGUCCUUCCGCUCAUCGGCGCCUGAAGCCGAUCCCCGAGCCGGAGCCUGAGCCGGAGCCGGAGCCGACGCCGCCGCCGAGCCCCGUCGGCGUCCUCGACGCCGCCGCCGCCGCCUGCGGUAGCUGCGACACCCAAAAAUCGUCUCCCUCCGCCGCGCCGCCGCCGUUCCCCGAAAAGGAGCCGGAGCCGGCUCGCGAUGAGCCGCCGCCUUCGAAACGGCGCCGGCUAGCGGAGAGCCGCUGUACAGCGCGUAUAGACACCGGUGAAGAUGGAUCGUGUUCGUAAACAUUUCCCGGGCGAUUUGAAGCUUCUAGAUCUUUCUGGCACUCAGUAUAGAUUUUGGGCUUUUUUAAAUUAUCGUCUCUCUUUUUGUUCCUCUCAGUCUCUAUUUAUAAAUAACAAUAAUAAUUCUUUUAAUGAUGCAAUAUUUAAGGAAUGGUAAUCCGUAAUUAUUUUUUUCU